AAUUGUCUUUUAGAAAUGUCAAGGCCGGAUAAAGGGAUCACAUCCACUAAAAACAGAGACAUAAAUUGGGGAGAAAAAAAGAGCAAACCACACCAAAAAAAUUCCAUUAUGGGAGAAGAGAGCUCAGUAAAGCUACAUGGAAUGUGGGCAAGUCCAUUUGUUUUGAGAGCUAAAAUUGCCCUUAAAAUAAAAGGGAUAGAGUUUGAGUAUAUUGAGGAAGAUCUAGCCAACAAAAGUGAGUUGCUCUUGCAAUAUAACCCUGUGCACAAGAAAGUCCCUGUUCUUGUGCACAAUGGUCUACCUAUUUCCGAGUCGUUGAUCAUCCUCGAAUAUAUUGAUGAGACUUGGACUCAACCCCCACAUCUCCUGCCUAAUGAUCCUUACCUAAAGGCCAAACACCGCUUCUGGGCUGCGUAUUUACAACAGAUAGCGGAGAGCUUGAGUAAGUCACUAUUUACAGAAGGUGAAGCAAUAGAGGAAAAGAUAAACGAGUACUUGAAAAAGAUGGAUGUGGCGGAAGAAUUAAUGAAGGCUGAGAAUGAUGAUAGUCCAUCUUUCCAGGAUUUGAAACCGGGAUACUUGGAUAUAGUGUUGUAUUCCCUCUUAGGAACCUAUGAUAUUGUGGAAGAGGUAUUUGGCUUUAAGACUUUCACUGCAGAAAGGUACCCAUUCUUGGCGUCUUGGAUCAACGCAUUGAGUCAAGUUCCUGAAAUUAAAGACUCGGCACCACCAAAGCUUAAGCUCAUUGAACAUCUUCGUGUUAUACGACAAAUAUAUUCAACAUCAAAGGCAUAAAUAUAUGAUCAUUAUCAGUUCCUGUUUUAUUUACAAUUUUCAUUUCUACUGGAUCGAGUUGCAGAAUAAAUUGUGUGCCCUUAGUAUUACUACUGUAAUAAAUCGUUAAGUAUUUGAAUCAAUCAUAUGUAGUAUAUACUACUA